AUGGCGACGAACCCCGGCCUCUUCACCGAGUGGCCAUGGAAGAAGCUCGGCAACUUCAAGUACCUGUUGGUGGCGCCGUGGGUGGCGCACGGCGUCUACCUCGCGGCGACCAAGGGGUGGAAGGCGGCCGACCUGGGGUACAUGGCCAUCUUCCCGUCGCUGCUCCUCCGGAUGCUGCACAACCAGGUGUGGAUCACCGUGUCCCGGCUCCAGAACGCGCGCAGCCGGCGGCAGAUCGUGGACCGGGGCAUCGAGUUCGAGCAGGUGGACCGCGAGCGCAACUGGGACGACCAGAUCCUCCUCAGCGGCAUCCUCCUGUACCUGGGCUCCAUGUACCUGCCCAGCGGGCAGCACCUGCCGCUGUGGCGCACGGACGGCGCCGUGCUCAUCGCGCUGCUGCACGCCGGCCCCGUGGAGCUCAUCUACUACUGGUUCCACCGCGCGCUGCACCACCACUUCCUCUACACCCGCUACCACUCCCACCACCACGCCUCCAUCGUCACCGAGCCAAUCACCUCUGUCAUCCAUCCAUUUGCUGAGCUCGUGGCAUAUGAACUACUGUUCGGGAUCCCAUUGAUUGUGUGCGCCUUGAAUGGAACUCUUUCCAUUCUUGCAUUUGAGAUCUACGUGAUCUACAUCGACUUCAUGAACAACAUGGGUCACUGCAACUUUGAAUUGGUACCCAAUUGGCUCUUCAAAUGGUUCCCUCCUCUCAAGUAUCUCAUGUACACACCCUCGUUUCAUUCUCUUCACCACACUCAGUUCAGGACAAACUACUCCCUGUUCAUGCCAUUCUAUGACUACAUAUAUAACACCAUGGACAAGUCAUCAGAUACAUUGUAUGAGAAGUCACUCAAGGGCAAAGAAGAAACAGUAGAUGUGGUUCAUCUUACCCAUCUUACUAGCCUGCACUCCAUCUAUCAUAUGAGGCCUGGGUUUGCAGAAUACGCUUCUAGACCUUACGCUUCCAAGUGGUAUGUGCGGAUGAUGUGGCCCAUGUCAUGGCUUUCCAUGGUUCUGACACGGACAUAUGGUUCUUCAUUUACUGUUGAGAGGAACGUCAUGAAGAAACUCAAAAUGCAAUCAUGGACCAUCCCAAGAUACAGUUUCCAUUAUGGAUUGACUUGGGAGAAGGAAGCAAUCAAUAGCCUGGUUGAGAAGGCGAUAUGUGAAGCUGACAAGAAAGGAGCUAAAGUUGUUAGCCUCGGACUCCUUAAUCAGGCACAUAACCUCAAUGGAAAUGGAGAACUUUAUCUUCAGAAGUUCCCAAAGUUGGGGGUCAGACUAGUAGAUGGCACCAGCUUAGCUGCUGCAGUGGUUAUGAAUAGUGUUCCUCAAGGCACAGAUCAAGUUGUUCUCGCAGGAAAUAUUUCAAAAGUUGCUCGUGCUGUUGCUGCAGCAUUGUGUAGGAAGAAUAUCAAGGUAGUAAUGACCAACAAGCAGGAUUAUCAUUUCCUUAAGCCCAACAUGGCAGAAGAUGCAGCUGAGAACCUUUUGUUUUCAAAGACAGUUACUGCAAAGGUGUGGUUAAUUGGGGAAGGUCUAGAUGCUUCUGAGCAGUUUAAGGCACAGAAAGGGACCCAGUUUAUCCCAUAUUCACAGUUUCCACCAAGAAUGGCACGCAAGGACACCUGCACCUACUCGAUAACUCCUGCAAUGUCUGUGCCUAAAACACUACAGAAUGUGCACUCCUGUGAGAAUUGGCUGCCAAGGAGGGUCAUGAGUGCAUGGCGCAUUGCUGGAAUGGUUCAUGCAUUGGAGGGAUGGAACGAGCAUGAGUGUGGGGACAUCGUGCUAGACAUGGAGAAAGUGUGGUCUGGUGCUCUUCUGCAUGGAUUCCACCCUGUGGCUCAAGUUUGA